CGGAAGGGUGCAUCAGGUCGACCCUAUAACAUCCGAUUAGCACGAGCUUUCCGCGCUUCGCAUGUCAGCCGGCUAAUUUUCUUCGGGAGUCUAGAAAAACACCUGCGUGCCAUUGUAAGAGCAGAAAAGAAGUGUGCUUGAACUUAUGAAGAGGGUAGGGAAUGGAACCAAAAUUGAUAAAGGAAGAGACGUCAGAGAAAGAAGCCGGAGGUAGUUUUCCUGAAACACCAAGAACAAGAUCGGCCAAAGCUAACAAAGAAGCGAGAUGUAAGACCCCCGACUCUCCUGAAGGAGCUCGUCAAGCACCAGCCUCCCCUAACCAGUCCAGCCAUCCCUCAAACGGCCCACCAUCCCCCACCAACGGGGCCUCAAACGACAGCCUAACUCCACCACUUCCAGCCUCCACGGCCCUUUCGGUAAACUUGGAAGGGGUCCACCCCCAACUCCAACCCUUAGGAAGCUUUUCAUCCGGUGUGACCAGACCCUUGGUGAAGGUGAAGAGGUUUUUGAGCACCCUGGUGCAGUUUGGAAGCGACAUCGGUCCAGAUAUUGGGGAGAGGGUGAAGAGUCUUGUGCUGAAUUUAGUGAGUUCAAACUUAAGCAUAGAAGAAUUUCACCAGUCGCUACAGGAGGUCACAAAUUUUCCUCUUCGACCUUUUGUGCUGCCACUUCUUCGAUCACAUCUACCUUUGUUACAGAGGGAAAUUCAUGCAAUGGCAAGAUCCAAUAAGCAAUCUACACUUCAAUACGUGAGGAAUCAUGAACAUGUUGUUUUGGAUCCAUCACAUUCUCCCUCAGAAAUGGCUGAUAUAUUUCUACCAACUGACAUGAACUUUACUGGAAUCAAGAGGAAAGCUUCAGAAAGCAUUUACGAAAACGGCUACGGCACUCGGCAUCCAGAAGAUUUCCCACCAGUCAAGAGACCAAUGAACCAAAACCCUUUUUUCUUCCCGAAUCAGGGUCUCAUCCACGUUCAGUCGCCACUGAACCAUCCGCAUCUACUAGACUACGCACCACACGCCCUUCCAAACAAAACGGAGGACACAAAUAACAACAACAGAGGUGAUGAGGAGUGGAAAAACAUUCACGUCAUGCUCAACUGCAUCCUCUCCAUGGUGGAAAAAACGAAGAGGGCUCUGUCCAUAUUGCAGCAGAGGAAUUCCCAGGAUAUCACCAACGACUGGUUCAGGAAGCAGGAUGUGAGUGUGGAUUUGAAAAAGGCGGCUAAUGAGAUCAUGAUACAGGCGGUGAGGCAGACUGAAGACAGGGUUGCUGAGGUGAAGAAAAGGGCUGAAGAAGCUGUGAACGAUGUGAAACGCCAGGCUGUUAUAGAUUUGCAGAAGGCGGUGGCUGCUGCUGAAUCCAAAGCUAACGAAUUGAUUGCAGUGGAAAGGGCAAAGAUGGAAAAACUCAUCUCUGAAUCCAGGAAAACAGAGGAAAAUCAGAAAUUGCAUUUGGAAAAUGCUGAAAACAGCUUAUCCCCACCUGUAUUGACACAGCCAUCGCCAUCGCAACAAAAUGCCUGCUGGAAUUGUGGUCGUAAAGCGCACGAAACAUGUUCGGGCUGCGGCAUUGCCAGGUACUGCGGUUCCUUCUGUCAACACAAGGACUGGGAAAACCACCACCAACUCUGCAACAAGGAGAAGACGGCUGCCAGAGCUCCCAUCCGAGCCACCACCCCUAACACCACCACCAUCUCCACAACGAAUCAUGUGACGCAACUCGAGCCGUCGCCAAAAUUCAAAAAGUGACACCCGAAGAAAUGUAGGAAAUUUAAGAGAUUCUGAACCUUGCACAUUUUUUUUCUCGGUGUCUUCGUAGCAGACAUAGAUGCAGAGCUCACCACUUCUACAUCUACAUAAUUUACGUUCUUGUCCAAACGAUUGACUG